AUGGAUAACACAGAUUUAAAAAUUUUAAUUGAUGAUUUAGUAUUUAAUCAAAAUUUUCUUAGUUAUUACGAUUUAAAAUCAUAUCUCCAAAAACAUAAUAACAAUAUAACGGGUGAUGAUAUGGAAUAUUAUUAUCCAUAUUAUAAAAAUGAAAUUUUGAAAUAUCAUAAUAAAAUAAUUUCUGAAAUUAAAGACAAAAUUAAAAAUAAUGAAUAUACAAAGGGAAAAACUAAAUCACAACUUAAACAGUUGAAAGAUUUCAAAAAUAAAGUAUUAACAGAAGAAGAUAUUGAUGAAUUAUAUAAUUUAUAUAAUCCUGAGCCACAAAAACCAAAGCCAAAGGAACAAAAACAAAAGGAACAAAACACCCAGGUUCUUCAGACCAUAAAUGAUGCACAAGCUUUAAUUUAUGAUUCAUUAGUUAAACCAUAUUCAGCCCGACUUUUAAAUGAAGAUCAACUUUUGGAAUUCAUCCUUCAACAUAAACUCGAAGCGGGAAAGUAUAUCAAACCUUUAUAUACAGCAUAUUUAAAACAAAUGAAUAGAAUACAUCCAGAAUUAAUGAAAGGAGGAAUGAAUUCCAAAACUUCAUCAUCCAAAAUCAAAGCAGAUAAAAUUAAACCACUUGCAACACCAAAACCUCCAACGACAGUACCGCCUCCUCCUUCAGUUAAUCCUUCAUCAUUCACUUUAUUAUAUCCAUUUCAAACAUUAAAGAAGCAAAAAGAUUUUAAAAAGGGUUUCAAGAUAUUAAAUAAACCAAUUGACCCGAAAAUUCAACCGUUAAAGGAAAAAUUUAGUCGCCCUUCAUUUGCUCCAUAUCCAUAUUCAUACGAAAUAGAUCAUUUAGAAUAUUCAAAAGGAAAC